AUGGGCUUCUUCAGCACCCACGCGGCAGGGACGCUUGAUCCCCCCGAGGUGCGCAAUUGGCGCAUCCACCUGAUUGCGCUGGUUGCCAGCAUGUCGGCCCUAGCCAUGGGAUACGACACGGCCGUCAUCGGCGGAACCAUGGCGCUGGACUCCUUUCGACGCGAUUUCCACCUCGACGAGGUCAGCACCACCGCAAGAGAUACCAUCCAAGGCAACAUUGUUUCAACUUUCCAGGCCGGCUGCUUCUUCGGCGCCCUCCUCACAUUCCCCAUCGCCGAGAAAUUCGGCCGCCGCAAAACUGUCAUGCUCGCCGGCACCGUCUUCCUCCUCGGCGGCACCCUCAUGACCGCCGCCCGCGGCUCCCUCAACAUGAUCUACGCCGGCCGCGCCAUCGCGGGCCUCGGCAUCGGCGCCUCCUCGCUCACCGUCCCCGUCUACAUCGCCGAGACCGCGCCGCCCUCCAUCCGCGGCCGCCUCGUCGGCAUCUUCGAGAUCGCCUCCCAGGGCGGCGGCAUGCUUGGCUUCUGGAUCAACUACGCCACCGACCGCACCAUCAACGUUCAUAAUCACGCACAGUGGGUCGUUCCGCUGGGCCUUCAGCUCGUCCCCGGGCUGGGGCUCGCGCUCGGCAUGAUCUGGUGCCCCGAGUCCCCGCGCUGGCUGGCGAGAGGUGACCAUUUUGACGCUGCGGAGAGGAUUCUGGUGAAGCUGAGGGGCUUGCCUGCGGACCACGAGUACAUCCGACGCGAGAUGAAUGACAUCCGCACGCAGGUUGAGCAGCGCACGAAUAACCGCUUGACGAAGAAGCAGAUGUUCCAGAAGUUGUUCCAGAAGGGCAUUCGCAACAGAAUGGGUCUCGGAAUGGCGCUUAUGUUCCUGCAAAGUUUCACUGGAGUCAACAUUAUUACCUAUUACGCCCCUCGCAUCUUUGAGAGUCUUGGUAUCACCGGAACCUCGACGAAGCUCUUCUCCACCGGAUUCUACGGCAUUGCGAAGACCUUUGGCAUGUUCCUGUUCACUUUCUGGGUUGCUGAGCGGGUUGGUCGACGGAAAGGUCUUAUCUGGGGCUCGGCCCUUGGAUGCAUUCCGAUGUGGUACAUCGGUGGCUACGUCAUGCGCGCGGAUCCUGCCGCUAGAGCAGCUGCUGGAGUUAUCAUCCGGGAUGGCUGGUCAUAUUUGGCCAUGGUUUGCGUGUACAUCAACGGUGUCAUUAUCUGCGCCACCUGGCAAGGUAUCACCUGGCUUUACGCCUCGGAAGUGCAAACUCUGGAGAUCAGGAUGCUUGCAGUCUCAAUCACUACCGCCACAACCUGGCUCGGUUCCUUCAUCAUCGCGCGCUCCACGCCAUACAUGAUCUCGGACUUGGGCUACGGCGCCUACUUCUUCUUCAGCAGCAUCCUCAUGCUCAUGGGCAUCUGGGCCUUCUUCUUCGUCCCGGAGACCAAGGGCCUUACCCUCGAAGACAUGGACGCCCUCUUCAUGCAGCCCACGCACAAGACCGUGUGGGCGCAGAUGCGUGGCCGCGACGUCGUCACGGCUGGACGCGCCAGGUCUCCAAGCAUCACCGACGAGAAGCUUGAGGCGAACAUCCAGGCGGCGCAGAUCGAGGAGCGCACCAAGUCAUGA